AUGAUGAACACAAAGGAUCCACAGAACACACUUGAAAUAAAGCCUAGCACUCAGAUUUCUCAUGAGUCCCAAAGUGAACAACAAAAUAAUGAUGCUAAGAUUCCUUUACCAGAAUCUGGUUCAUUUUCAGCGUCAAGCAAUGAUAACAGAAAAGUUUCACGCGAAGACAUUGAACUGGUCCAGAAUUUGAUAGAAAGAUGUCUGCAAUUGUAUAUGAAUAAAGAUGAGGUGGUAAAGACCCUGUUGCAUCGUGCCAGGAUAGAUCCUGGGUUUACAACAUUGGUGUGGCAGAAAUUAGAAGAAGAGAAUCCCGAGUUUUUCAGGGCUUACUACAUAAGGCUUAAAUUGAAAAAACAAAUAAUCUUGUUUAAUCACUUGCUAGAACAUCAGCAUCAUCUAAUGAAAUAUCCAAUGCCUGCGAAGGUUUCUUUGGCUCCAAUGCACAAUGGAAUUCAUUCAAUGCCAGUUAAUAACUUACCCAUGGGAUACCCUGUCAUACAACAGCCUCCAGUUCCUGCUACAGGGCAAGCUCACAUUGAUUCUAUGGGAUAUUCUACAUCUGGUUUGCAUGUUGUUAAUGGAGUUCCUGCUCCAGGCAAUUUCCAUCCAAUGCAGAUGAAGUCUGGGAAUGAUAUGGUGAUCGAUACCAAUGCAGCUAAUCUGUCUCCCGCUAUGCCACCUAACAAUACCAUGUCCUCCAUGUCAGAUAUGCUUGUAAGCCCCACAUCAGCAGCGUCCAGUGGUCAUUUCUCCUUCAGUGCAUCAGAGAUAUCUGGCAUGGGAGUUGACACAUUAGGCCUCGACACAGCAUUUACAUCUGAUGUGGCAACUUCAGUAGGACUGCUGUUACCACCAGAAAAUGGUGAUGGGAAUUCUAGAGACUCCCUUGGAUCCUUUGCUCAGAUUCCUUGGAAUUUCAGUUUUUCGGACCUAACAGCGGAUUUAUCGAACAUAGGAGAUCUAGGAGCUCUUGGAAACUAUGAUGGUUCACCCUUUUUGCCUUCUGAUUCAGAUAUUUUACUCGAUUCUCCAGAGCCAGAAGAUAUUGUCGAAGAUUUCUUUGUUGAUUCUGUUCCUGGCCCACCACGCCUACCGUCUGAUGAGGAAUCCUAG